GCUGCCCGGGGUGUGUGGGGCAGACCCCAGGACUGGCCCGGCCCGGGCUGCUGCUCCCCAACCCCCGCCGUUGCAGUUACCGCUUGGGCAGCUGCCCGGUGCCUUCUGCAGCUCCGGUCGUCCUGCCGGACGAACAGUAUACCCUCUUCCCGAGCUGCCCCCCGGUGCUGUGGAGAAGGAAGGCGGUGGUGGCGGCCCCGGGAGGGCUGCCCGGCUGUCGCUUACCCGGGCUCCGAGAGCGGCGUCUCCUCUCCCCGCUGGUCUCUGAGCAGCGCCGUCUUUGAUUCUUCAGGAGGCUCAUCUCAAAGUAUAGCUUAAAAAAGCUUUGCAAAUAGUGGAAGAAAAUGUCACAUAAAAGCUCUAAGGUAAUCAAGAAAGUAAAUGUUUCUAGCUCCUUGGAAUCUGAGGAUAUCAGCUUGGAAACCACAGUACCAACUGAUGAUGUUUCUUCCUCUGAAGAGAGAGAAGGUACUGUAAAAAUCACUAAGCAGCUGAUUGAACGGAAGGAAUUGCUCCAUAAUCUUCAGCUGCUUAAAAUAGAAUUAUCACAAAAAAACUUGAUGAUUGACAACUUGAAAGUUGAAUAUUUGACCAAGAUUGAGGAGCUAGAGGAGAAGCUUAAUGAUGCAAUCCAUCAAAAGCAGCUGUUGUCUUUACGACUGGAUAGUCAGUUGGCAUUACAGCAAGAAGAUGCCAGGAAACAUCAGGCUCUAAUGAAGCAAGAAAUGGAAACUAUUUUAUUGAGACAGAAGCAACUGGAGGAAACAAAUUAUCAGUUGAGAGAGAGGGCUGGAGAUAUACGUCGUAGCUUGCGAGACUUGGAAUUAACAGAUGAAUGCUAUGAGAAGCUGAAGUCUCUUCCUGAAGAUCAGCUUUCUAUCCCUGAAUAUGUUUCAGUCCGAUUCUAUGAAGUAGUCCAUUCCUUAAGAAGAGAGCUAAGUGAUCUACUGAUGAAAAAGGAGAGUCUGACAGAAGAACUAAGUGGGUACAGAUCCCAGCUGAAGUGUCUGACAGAGAGCUAUGAAGACGAAAGGAGGAGUCGGUCAGAGCUUGAGGUCAGAUGCCAACGUUUAACACUGGAACUAGCUGAUACCAAGCAGUUGAUUCAGCAAGGUGAUUAUCGACAACAGAAUUAUGAUAAAGUAAAAUGUGAACGUGAUGUAUUUGAGCAUGAAUUGUCAGAACUCAGAAGAAACCAUGAAGUACUGGAGAUGUCAUACAAAACACAAACUAAAGAAAGAAAUGACUUAGCAAAAGAGCUGGCAACCAUACAACAAUCCCUCAACUUGCUGCAAAAAGAUAAAGAUUAUCUUAAUCGCCAGAACAUGGAGCUUAGCGUUCGCUGUGCACAUGAAGAAGAUCGUCUUGAAAGACUACAGAUUCAGCUAGAGGAUGCCAAAAAAGCUAGGGAAGAAAUGUAUGAAAAAUAUGUCACAUCCAGAGACCACUAUAAAGCAGAAUAUGAAAAGAGACUGCAUGAAGAGUUGGAACAAAUAAGGUUGAAAACAAAUCAAGAAAUUGAGCAACUAAGAAGCACCUCAAAGGAGAUGUAUGAACGUGAAAACAGAAAUUUGAGAGAAGCACGAGAUAAUGCUGUUGCCGAAAAAGAGAGAGCAGUUACUGCUGAAAAGGAAUCUUUAAGAAAAUACGAUCAACUCUUAGAACAAUGCAGAGAAAUAAGAGUGGCUUUGGUGGACAUCUGGGAUCCAGCCAGGGGCAAUCCACCACACUGUACUCAAAAUGUAAUGUAUGGUUGGUAUAGACAAAUGCAGCUUGGCACAGAAAGCAAAGUAGCUGAACUUCUUCACCAAAGUAAGUUAAAGUCCUUUGAAACUGAACAUGUUCAACUCAUGCAACAAGAAACAGCUAAGAAUCUUUCACAGUGCCAAAUGGAAUGUGAGAAAUACCAGAGAAAGCUGGAGGUGCUUACAAAGGAAUUUUAUAGUCUUCAGUCUUCUAGUGAAACCCGCAUUAUUGAGCUUCAAACACAAAAUUCUGAGUUUCAAGCAAGACUAGAUACUUACGAAAAACUUGAAAAAGAGCUUGAUGAGAUAAUACUACAGACAGCAGAAAUGGAAGAUGAAGUUGAAGCUGAAAGGGUUCUCUUCUCAUAUGGAUAUGGUGCUAACAUUCCUACAACAGCCAAAAGACGACUAAAGCAAAGUGUUCACUUGGCAAGAAGAUUACUGCAGCUAGAAAAGCAAAACUCGUUGCUUGUGAAAGAUCUGGAACAUCAGAAGGAACAAGUAACACAGAUUUCACAAGAGCUUGACAGAGCAAAUUCUUUGUUGAACCAAGCACAACAGCCAUACAAAUACCUCAUUGAAACUGUGCAACAGAGAGAUUCUCAAAUAAGUCUACAGAAAGAACAUAUUACACAGCUUGAAAAAGAUUUCAGUCUUUUAAAUAAAGAAAAGACAGCUUUGCUGCGUGUCAAGAAUCAAAUGGCAGCAGAUUUGGAGAGACUUCUAAAUGACCGUGAGGAACUAGCCACAAUGAAGCAAUUAAUUUUUACUCUACAUGGUAAACACUGUGAACAAAAUCUACCUCAGUCUCAUAUUGAUGUAAAAAGUGCAACUGGAAGACAAUCAAUCCCUUUGGUAAAACUGCUGCAAGAACAUGAAGAAGAAAAUAUAUUUACGCCUAAGCCAACAUUAUUUACAAAUAAAGAGGUACCUGUGUGGUACAAGAAACUGAAGAAGAAGACAUCGGCAUAGCAUUUUUCAAAAAUUAUUCAAAAUAAUCCUUUGGGGAGCUUUUCUUUAAAGAAAGUUAUUUUCACAAUAGUGAUGCUCAUUUUACUGUAAAAGCAAACAACUCGUUUGGUUUAACUGUUUCUUUUUUUGACUUAUGCUUCAAAUAAUCUUAUGCUUCAUAAAAUAAUUUCUAGAUCUCUCAUGUGAAUAAAAUGUGAAAAUGAUACAUGCAAUAAUUUUGUUAACAUUUAUUUGAAUUUUAAAAGAUAAAUAAACACUAGUGUGUUCUACAAGUUAUAAUCUCGGCAGUUAGAGGAUGUGUUAUUCAGAGUGUUCCAAUUAAUGCAAAUUUCAGCCUUUUUAUAUUGUUUUUCCUGGACCCUGUGUUUCAUGCCACAUUCCUUGCAACUAUUCUGGCUAAUGGAAAUUUUCAAAGUAUACAUGCAUUAGUACUGUACUUUCUAUGAAGGAAAUUCAUGUCAGCUGGAAACAAAAUUUCUUACUGGCCUUGACUUGUAGUUCAUCACUUGAUGUCAUUUGUAUAACCAGACAUUUAAAAUAUUUUAAAGAAGCAAUAAAAUG